AUGCACCCUCGUGACCGCUUUUCGCCAGGCGGAGGCGAACAGGCUGCCACCGCGCUCGAGACCAAUCUGACAAACCUCGAGAGUAGACUCGACGCGCUGCUUGCCGCUUUCGAAGCCAACGAGAAAUCCAAGCAGAACGGCGCCGCGGCACCGCAGGACAAGGACUUGAAGAGGCAGGACGGGACGACCCACUGUGGAACCUCUAACGGAGAGAAGGACGGCUCUGGGUCUAACGAGGCGGCGAAGAAACCGUAA